CCCAGUGCGCAUGCUCGCGGCUCGGGGCGCUGAAAUUCAAAUUUGAACGGCCGCAGAAGGCCGAGUCUGACCCUGGAGGCUGAGGGGAAGAGGAGCGUCGUCUGUGGGAGAGUUCCCCCCGCCCCGGACUCCUCGUUUUCUCCAGGAGACACACGGAGCCGAGACUCACUUCUUUUCUUCUCCUGAAUUUGAACCAACGUUUGCAUCGCCUCGUACUCGACACGCGGCGCCUGGGGCGAUGGAUCCGUUUACUGAGAAACUGCUUGAGCGAACUCGUGCCAGGAGAGAGAAUCUUCAGAGAAAAAUGGCUGAGAGGCCCACAGCAGCUGCAAGGUCUGUGAAUCAUGCUAAGAGAACUAGAGAGCCACUUUCGGAAGCAAGUAACCAGCAGCCCCUAUCUGGUGGUGAAGAGAAAUCUUGUACAAAACCAUCACUGUCAAAAAAACGUUGUUCUGGCAAUAGUGAAGUCGAAGUUUCUAACUUGGAAAAUAAACAACCAGUUGAGUCAACUUCUGCAAAAUCUUGUUCUCCAAGUCCUGUAUCUCCUCAGUUACAGCCACAAGCAGCAGAUAAUGUCAGUGAUCCUGUGGCUGUCCCAACAUCACUGCUAGGCAUGAAGAGAGGACUGAACUCAAGAUUGGAAGCAACUGCAGCUUCCUCAGUUAAAACACGUAUGCAGAAACUUGCAGAGCAGCGGCGCCGUUGGGACAAUGAUGAUAUGACAGACGAUGUUCCCGAAAGUUCACUUUUCUCACCAAAGUCAUCAAAGGAAAAGUCUGCCUCCCCUCCUAAACUAUCGCUGUCGGAUACCUCACCAACUCCAGUUGGGAGAAGGGGUCGUCUGGCCAACCUUGCUGCAACGAUUUGCUCCUGGGAAGAUGAUGUAAAUCACUCAUCUGCAAAGCAAAACAGUGUACAAGAACAGCCUGGUACCACUUGUUUAUCCAAAUUUUCCUCUGCAAGUGGAGCAUCUGCUAGGAUCAAUAGCAGCAGUGUUAAGCAGGAAGCUACAUGCUGUUCCCAAAGGGAUGGCGAUGCCUCUUUGAAUAAAGCUACAUCCUCGAGUACUGCUGAUACAUCUUUGGUUGAUGCCUCAAUUUCUAGCUCUGUGAAAGCUACUUCUUCUCCAGUGAAAUCUACUACAUCCAUCACUGAUGCUAAAAAUUGUGAGGUACAAGAUUCUGAGCAAUGUCAGAAAAUUCUUGUUAGUCCCCUGAAAACAGAGGUGCCAAAACCAACUGCAAAGUCAAUUGUAUCCCAGACAGUUCGGUCCAAAGAAGAACUAAAUAGAGAAUUUUGUCUGCAAUCUCAAUCUAAAGGCAAAUCUACAACACCAGGAGGAACAGGAAUUAAACCUUUCCUAGAACGCUUUGGAGAGCGUUGUCAAGAACAUAACAAAGACAGUCCAGCUCGUAAAACACCCCAAAGAACCCCUAUUAUCACUCCAAAUACAAAGGCCAUCCAAGAAAGAUUGUUCAAGCAAAAUACAUCUUCAUCUACUACCCAUUUAGCACAUCAGCUCAAGCAGGAACGUGAAAAGGAGCUAGCAUGUCUUCGGGGCCGAUUUGACAAGGGCAAUAUAUGGAGUGCAGAAAAAGGCGAAAACUCAAGAAGCAAACAGCUAGAAACCAAACAGGAAAUUCACGGUCAGAACACUCCCCUCAAAAAACAUCAAGUUGUUUCAAAUACUCGGUCACUUCCAGUAACAGAAAAGGUGACAGAAAAUCAAACAUCAGCAAAAACUUCCAGGAAAGAACCUGCAGGUGUCACUGAUUGCGAAAUGAUGAAGUCUAGUCCUUUGAAGAUAACAUUGUUUUUAGAAGAGGACAAAUCCUUAAAAGUAACAUCAGAACAAAAGCCUGAGCAGCAAAUUGAAGUGGUACGUGGAAUUGAGAUGAGCGUGGAUAAUGACGAUGAUAUAAAUAGUUCGAAAGUAAUUAAUGACAUCUUUAGUGAUGUCCUAGAGGAAGGUGAACUAGAUGUGGAAAGAAGCCCAGAAGAGAUGGAUCAGGUGGGAGCAGAAAGCAACGAAGAACAGGAAGAUGCACUGAAUAUUUCCUCAAUGUCUUUACUGGCUCCAUUAGUGCAGACAGUUGGUGUGGUAAGUCCAGAGAGUUUAAUUUCCUCGCCUAGAUUGGAAUUGAAAGACACCAGUGUAAGUGAUGAAAGUCCAAAACCAGGAAAAUUCCAAAGAACCCGUGUUCCUCGAGCUGAGUCUGGUGAUAGCAUUGGUUCUGAAGAUCGUGAUCUUCUUUACAGUAUUGAUGCGUAUAGAUCUCAAAGAGUCAAAGAAACAGAACGUCCAUCAGUAAAGCAGGUGCUUGUGCGGAAGGAAGAUGUUACUUCAAAAUUAGAUGAAAAAAAGAAUGCCUUUUCUUGUCAAGUUAAUAUCAAACAGAAAAUGCAGGAACUCAAUAAUGAAAUAAAUUUGCAACAAACUGUGAUCUAUCAAGCUAGCCAGGCUCUUAAUUGCUGUGUUGAUGAAGAGCAUGGGAAAGGAUCCCUAGAAGAAGCUGAAGCAGAAAGACUUCUUUUAAUUGCAACUGAGAAGAGAACACUUUUGAUUGAUGAGUUGAAUAAGUUGAAGAGUGAAGGAUCUCAAAGGAAGAAUAAGGCUGGUCCCAUAUCCCAAAGUGAAUUUGUCCCAUCCAAAGGAUCAGUUACUUUGUCAGAAAUCCGCUUGCCUCUAAAAGCAGAUUUUGUUUGCAGUACAGCUCAGAAACCAGAUGCAGCAAAUUACUAUUACUUAAUUAUACUAAAAGCAGGAGCUGAAAAUAUGGUAGCCACACCAUUAGUGAAUACUUUAGACUCUCUUAAUGGCGAUGCUCUGACAUUUACUACUACAUUUACUCUGCAAGAUGUAUCUAAUGACUUUGAAAUAAACAUUGACGUUUAUAGCUUGGUACAAAAGAAAGACUCCUCAGGACCUGAUAAGAAGAAAAAAACAUCCAAGUCCAAGGCUAUUACUCCAAAGCGACUCCUUACAUCUAUAACCACAAAAAGCAAUAUUCAUUCUUCAGUCAUGGCCAGUCCAGGGGGUCUCAAUGCCGUGCGUACCAGCAACUUUGCCCUUGUUGGAUCUUAUACGUUGUCAUUAUCUUCAGUGGGAAACACUAAAUUUGUUCUGGACAAGGUGCCCUUUUUAUCUUCUUUGGAAGGUCAUAUUUAUUUGAAGAUAAAAUGUCAAGUGAAUUCCAGUGUUGAAGAAAAAGGUUUUCUAACCAUAUUUGAAGAUGUUAGUGGUUUUGGUGCCUGGCAUCGAAGAUGGUGUGUCCUUUCUGGAAACUGUAUCUCUUAUUGGACUUACCCGGAUGAUGAGAAACGAAAGAAUCCCAUAGGAAGGAUAAAUCUGGCCAAUUGUACUAGUCAUCAGAUAGAACCAGCCAACAGAGAAUUUUGUGCAAGACGCAAUACUUUUGAAUUAAUUACGGUGCGACCACAAAGAGAAGAUGACCGAGAGACUCUUGUCAGCCAAUGCAGAGACACACUCUGUGUCACCAAGAACUGGCUGUCAGCAGACACUAAAGAGGAACGGGAUCUCUGGAUGCAAAAACUCAAUCAAGUUCUUGUUGAUAUUCGCCUCUGGCAGCCUGAUGCCUGCUACAAACCUAUUGGAAGGCCUUAAACUCUGGGAAAUGUCCAUGCCAUGGAGAGAUUUUUUUGAGCUAUGUCACAAAUGUGUUUUAAGAAAGUACACUUAAGAACAUCAGGUUUGCUGAUUGCAUUUUAUGCUUUAAAUACGAAAGGGUUUGUGCCAAUAUUCACUACAUAUUAUGCAGUAUUUAUAUCUUUUGUAUGUAAAACUUUAACUGAUUUCUCUUCUGUCAUUCUUAAAUGAUUAUAAGUAAAUUUAUUAUAGUUGAUUUUGCUAAAUCUUAAUUUAAAAGUCUCCUUUUCCUAGAAAUCUAAUUAUUCAGUUAUUCCCGACAAAGUAUUUUUUAAGUAGAAAAUUCUGAAUUAUCUUCUUAGAGCUGUGGGAUCUCGAAGUAGCAGGCUCUUCCAGGGGUUGGAGACAGAAACCUCAGAGUUGGUUAUCUUUUCUCCAGCCUCCAUAAUGUUUUCUAAAGGUUAUGAUCAUUUAUUGAUCAUGAUAUGACUUGUUAUCAGGGUACUGAAAAAAUUUCGAGGACUUUGCAGAAACUUUUUUAGUAAUGGAGAUGACAACUUUUUCAAAUAGCAAAUGUACAUUGGCUUAAAGCUUGAGGCUGCCUUCAAAAAAGAGAUGCAGACAUAGGGAACAUUGUGUGAGAGUUGGGGGUUAAAUAUUUUACAUAGAAGAGUUAAUAGUCACAUGGUUUACAUGUACUCAGUUACUAUAUAUGCAGUGUGGUGCACAUUUUCAUAGAAUUCAGACUUUAUUAAGAUAAUUGUUUUUGUUAUAUAACUUACAGACUCCUGAAAUAUACUUAGAUUGUUAGGUUUUUUCUGCUUCUGUAACAAGAACAAAUGUAAAGUGAAGAAUCUUUAUAUUAAAAAAAAAAAAAAAAAGUAAACUUUUACCAGGCUGCUACGGACUAAUACUUUGCUUGCCAAAGUCUUUUUGGUUUUUUUCUCCCCCAUGUCCAUGAACAACAGUAUCUAGAAACCCAUUUUGAAACUGAAAAACAAUUAAGUCAUGUAUCACCUUUAAAAACUUAAUGCCUUUUUUAUUAUAAAAUGCUGUAAAGCAUGGAUUCAACUUUUAAAUACACCUUGAACUUCUUUUCUGAAUUAUUAAAGUUAUUGAUUAUCUCAUUUAUAAACACUAAAUUCUGUCACUUUCUGUCAUUCUAUUUUUAUUCAUUCAAAUAUAUUUUUUCUUAUGUAUAUUAUAAAAAUAUAUUUUAUGACCUCUUACCCAAAUAAAUACUUGUAAAUGGCUAACAAAAUCCGCUAUUUAAAAAA